ACCGGUGAAGACCCAGAACAGAAACGACACUGACGAACGAAAAUGGAAGUUUGACAACAGCGAAAACAGGGCCAUUGAUUAGUGCACCCGACUCACGAAUACGAGAACAGCGGAAAGAGAAACGAUUGAAACGAACGAAACUACGGAAUGCUUAUCUUUUGGUUUUGGUCAAUGGUCUGUUGUGCUGUCUCAGUCUAGUGUAGUGCCAUAUUAUUGUUAUAUCGUUUAUUAUUGUUUAAAAAACAGUUUUUUGAAGAACUAUUACAAAAGUUCAUUAGUGAUGCAUUUCAGGGUAUAUACGGCAUUGUGUUGUGCACUUUUAAUAGCCCUUACGUCAGCUGCUCAGAAUAACCAGAGAAGCAAUGGCGGAUUCGUAUUUAAAGAUGCCGAUGCAGAAAUCGAAGGCAGCGGUUUCGAUGGCGAAGUAAAUCGAGAUUUGGAGUCCAGCGGUUCCGGUCAGGGUCCGCCUGAGGACGACGAUGACGGACUCGAUCCGAUAUCGGACCCAGAUCCCAAUAAACCCGAGAAACAACCGCCCAUUGUUGAAACUAUACCGAAGAAAAACGAUAUAAGUCCUGAUUUUACUGCACCAAUACCUCCUGGAAAGGAUAAGGAAUCUGUAGGAAUUGAGUCUACGGAAGAUAAUAGUGUUAUAAUGAAUCCUAAACAAGAGGAUCGACCUACUUCAUUUUUCUCCCAACCAGGAAUAUUAGCAGCUGUAAUUGGUGGAGCUGUAGUGGGUCUAUUGUGUGCAAUUUUGGUAGUGAUGUUCAUCGUUUACCGAAUGCGUAAAAAAGAUGAAGGAUCUUAUGCACUAGGCGAACCGAAGCAAUCUCCAAACUCGAAUUCGUAUAGUAGAGGAACAAAUAAAGAAUUUUACGCUUGAAGUUAGCGGAAUCAAUAAGAAAAGAAAGUGACUGCUGGCGAAUUGACUGAACUUAAUCAUCAUCUUUGGCUUGUUGUGUGUAACGUUGGUAUCUUUUUUUCUAACAAAUUCAAAUUAUUUGUGUUCUCACAAACGCAUAUCUGAUUAAAUUCAAUGAUAAUAAUUAUAACUAAAAAAUGCAUUUUUGCACUUUUAAUUUAACGCAAAAUAGUAUAAAAAAUUAUUACAAGGCUGGGUCUAGAUAGUUACAUUGCCAAAAACUGCCAACAGUAUAAGUAAAGACAUUUGUGUAUUUUACACAAUGUACAAACAUUGAGUUAUUGAAUUUCAGUCAUAUAUACCUUAAACGUAUGUAUAUAUUUAUGUAACAAAAAAAUAAUAAAAUAAACCUACUACAUGUAUUAACGUCCAUUAGUUUUGGGUAUUCAGUACAUAGUUCGAAUAUUUUACAAUUUUCACUAUUUUUCUCAGACUGUCUAUGAUAUUAAUAAAAAUACACUUGUACUGUAUAUCUGAAAAUUAUUGCAGAGUACCUAGAAAAUAUGGUUAAAGUUUAAAAGAAUAAAUAAAAAAUGGAUUAUAGAAGUUCAAUAAUUGAAUAACUACCUAUUGCGUCUUGUGCGAAAUUCGCUUCUGCUAAUUUUUUUGAUAAAAACAUUCCUUUUCAUUUAUUUUUAUAACUUUUGAUACACUUUGGCAUAUUAGGCAGUAGUAAUAAUUCCUAUGGUUUUGUUGGUAAUUUUUCGGUAAUAUGGUUUUAGUCCUUGUAUUGUUGAGGAACAUUUAUUAUCCUCAAAAGACAGCACAUUGUUUGUUGAAAUCAGUUUGAAUUGCUUACUAAAAUAAAUAAGAUGUAACAGAAAAUUUUAAUGUUAUUAGGCAGCUUGUAUGAAUUAGCCUUUUUUUAUGUAUGUAUAUUCACUAUUUAUUGUGGUAUUGGUCUAAUGAGGAGAAACCUUUUUUGAUGAAAAUAUCAAGAAAAUCACACAUGCCCAUACCUAUUGGGUGAGAAUUUCUAAAAAGAUAGGAUAUAGAAAUUUGGGUUUUUUUUUGCUGAAAAUUAAACUUGCAAAAAUAAUCCAAUGCAAAUAAAAUUAUUAUAUAAAUAAUUAUUGUUUGAAAAAAUUGAAUUGAGUGAUUAUUCACAUUAUCAUACGCUCUGCAAUAUUAGAUUGACGAUAAUGGCGUAGUUUUAAGAUGUAAUAUCUAAUUAUUAAUAAUAGUAUAAUAAUAAUAACAUAACAAACUAGAUAAAAUACGUAUUAGGGAUCCGUUGUAAUGGAUUUUAUUUAUUUUUAUACCAUAGAAAAAUUUUCUGUUAUAUCCUAAAUUACCAAAGCAAGUCAAUAUGGUGUUGGUAAUGAUGCGCAGCUUUAUACAAAAAUAUUUAUUUUUAUUUUUAUUAUGAAAGUAUCAAUCUCUUUAUUAAUUUAACCCAAUAUUAUUGUCAUAUUAAUCAAUAAUAAUAUUACUACUACAAUAACAUUUUUUAAUAAACUGAUCGUAGCUACUCAAAAAUCGAAGUGUAUAGUAUUAGAGUAAUGUUGUACAAUCUGGUUGUAAAUAAAAUCAAAAUGUAAAACCUUUA